CGAGCUCGGGCGGGGCCGGGGCCGCGGUGGCGAUGCACCGGGCCCGUUAGCGCCGGGAGCGCCAGGCAGCUGAGGCGGGGGGCAAGCCCUCCCGCGGAGGAGCCGCGCCCCCGGCCCCGCCGGUCCCGCCGCGAUGCUGUUCCACAGUCUGUCGGGCCCCGAGGUGCACGGGGUCAUCGACGAGAUGGACCGCAGGGCCAAGAGCGAGGCUCCCGCCAUCAGCUCCGCCAUCGACCGCGGCGACACGGAGACGACCAUGCCGUCCAUCAGCAGUGACCGAGCCGCGCUGUGCGCUGGCUGCGGGGGCAAGAUCUCAGACCGCUACUACCUGCUGGCGGUGGACAAGCAGUGGCACAUGCGCUGCCUCAAGUGCUGCGAGUGCAAGCUCAACCUGGAGUCGGAGCUCACCUGUUUCAGCAAGGAUGGGAGCAUCUACUGCAAGGAAGACUACUACAGGCGGUUCUCUGUGCAGCGCUGCGCCCGCUGCCACCUGGGCAUCUCGGCCUCGGAGAUGGUGAUGCGUGCUCGGGACUUGGUUUAUCACCUCAACUGCUUCACAUGCACCACGUGUAACAAGAUGCUGACCACGGGUGACCACUUCGGCAUGAAGGACAGCCUGGUCUACUGCCGCUUGCACUUCGAAGCGCUGCUGCAGGGCGAGUACCCCGCGCACUUCAACCACGCCGACGUGGCGGCAGCGGCAGCCGCAGCGGCGGCGGCCAAGAGCGCCGGGCUGGGCGCAGCCGGGGCCAAUCCGCUGGGUCUUCCCUACUACAAUGGCGUGGGCACGGUGCAGAAGGGGCGGCCGAGGAAGCGCAAGAGCCCCGGCCCCGGGGCGGAUCUGGCGGCCUACAACGCUGCGCUGAGCUGCAACGAGAACGACGCGGAGCACCUGGACCGCGACCAGCCCUACCCGAGCAGCCAGAAGACAAAGCGCAUGCGCACCUCCUUCAAGCACCACCAGCUUCGGACCAUGAAGUCUUACUUUGCCAUUAACCACAACCCCGACGCCAAGGACUUGAAGCAGCUUGCGCAAAAGACGGGCCUCACCAAACGGGUCCUCCAGGUCUGGUUUCAGAACGCCAGGGCCAAGUUCAGGCGCAACCUCUUACGGCAGGAAAACACGGGUGUGGACAAGUCUACGGAGGCAGCGUUGCAGACCGGGACGCCUUCGGGGCCAGCCUCGGAGCUCUCCAAUGCCUCGCUCAGCCCCUCCAGCACGCCCACCACCCUCACAGACUUGACUAGCCCCGCCCUGCCAACUGUGACGUCAGUCUUAACUUCUGUGCCUGGCAACCUGGAGGGCCACGAGCCUCACAGCCCCUCACAAACGACUCUCACCAACCUUUUCUAGUGACUCACGCCCUCCCCACCCCCCGCCCCCCCGCCCCACAAUUUCUUUAAAAAAGAAAUUAUCUUUAGUUGAAUUCCAAGUGUAUUUUAAAAUAGAGGCUUUGAGCAACUAACUAACCACAUUUUAGGAUCUCGCCUGGAAACAGAGGAAGAAAAAAUUAUGCGUCCGGCUAAUGCAGCGGUGUGGAUUGAGGAGUUACUUGGAAAAUCUAUCUGCAACACAACAUUUGUGUCACUGUACAGUUUUGUGGACUGAGCGAGGAAAAACAACAAAUAAUUUAAGUUGGCUAGAGCUUCUGUAUUUUCAAAGACUGCCACGUGCCUUAGGAAUACUGUUUUAUGUCCAUACUUUGGAUGACUUGUUCAUUUUUCUCUCCCUCUUUUUCUCUCUGUAUAUUUAUGACCAGAGCAAAAAUGCAAAAAAAAAGACAAAAACAAAAACAAAAACAAAAAAACACAAAAAAAGUUUGUUACUUUGAAUAGUCCUAAAAAAAGAAAAAAAAAAAAAGAAAAAUCAAACCCCCUCCAACGGUCGCUUUGUUGUUUUAGAAUUUUAAGGUGGAAGUCUGUUCGAAUAUCAGAAUUUGUAAAAUCUAACCAGUAAUAAAACCACUUAUUGAAACUA